AUGACGUUCACGUGGGAGCUAGUGGUGGUGGGGCUAAUGCUGUGCCGUGUGCACGGUGGAACCCUUCCUAAUGCCACCCUCGUCGAAGGUGACCAUCGGAUCCUGGUGCCGGAGCACGGGGAGGAGUACGGGCAUCGGAGCGGAAGAUUUUUCCCAUUCUAUACCAUUGGCCGUAUUGCUAAUGCACCUUGUACGACGGCGGCGGGACUUACCGGCACCUGUCUUAUCGCGGGCGAGUGUAAGGACAACGGUGGUAUCCCUUCUGGUACCUGCAGCACUCGAACGAAUCAAGCUGUUUGCUGCGUUUACACUCAAUCCUGCGGUGGUUCGACGAGUCUCAACAGCACAUACUUCACGAACCCUGGUUACCCCGGACCGUACCGAGAUGGUGGAGCCUGCUCCUUUACGGUCUCACCGACCGACGGUAUCUGCCAGCUGCGUAUCGAUUUCCGGGCCCUGACGCUGGACCAACCGACGGGUGAUGGUGCGUGCAAUACCGAUCGGUUGUCGAUAUCGGGCGGGUCGCCAACCGUGACGCAGAUUUGUGGCGAAAAUACGGGCCAGCACAUGUACGUGGCGUUCUCCGGCAAGAAUCCCAUCACGAUCCGGGUCGCCACGAACGCGGGCGUCCCGUUUAAUCGGCUCUGGAACAUGGAGCUGUCGCAGAUAGCGUGCGCCAGUGGGACGAGGGCACCGUCCGGUUGUCUGCAGUACUACUUCGAGGAGAGUGGCGAAAUCAGCAGCUUCAACUACGGCUCGGGGGUUAAUCCUGCCCUGAACAGUCUCGGUGCGACGGGUGGCAGACAGAUCGCGAGUAUGAGCUACGGUAUCUGCAUACGAACGGCCGGUGGCAAGUGUUCCAUCACGUACGAGCUGCCUAGCAACGAUCGAUACGCGUUUACCGUCACCGGUGAUGCGUCGGUCAUCGAUCCGGCCAUGAUCGGUAUGGGUGCGGUCGGCGUGAAUGGUGUCCUGUGCACCACGGACUUUAUCAUCAUUCCGAACCCGAAAGUUGAUGCCGUGGGUGCCUUCACCGAUCGGUUUUGUGGCCUCGGUCUGUUCAGUGUGACGUCCAGCACUCGACCGUUCGUCGUGUUUGCGGUGACCAAUGCCAACGAGAUGAACGAUGUCGCGAAUCGGGGCUUCCGAUUAGUCUACACCCAGAAUCCCUGUGCCGCCGUGUGA